AUGGCAGUUGUGAUUGACAAUGGUUCAAGUUUAACCAAAAUAGGAAUGGGUGAAUGCGAAAAUCCAAAAUCUGUUAUUCCAACAAUUCAAAAUGGCAUCUCCCCUGUAGAACGUGGUCUUAUUAAAAAUUGGGAUACAAUGGAGCAGCUCUGGCACCGUGUAUUUUACAAUGAAUUAAAAAUCAAACCAAAGGAGCACCCACUUCUUUAUAUUGAACCAGUUAUGAAUCCAAAAAAUGAUCGAAAUAAGAUAGUACAAAUUAUGUUUGAGAAUAACAAAAUACCUUCGCUUCUAAUGUGUCCUUCAACUUAUUCUACAAUUAUUGGUAAGGAUUUAAGAUGUGGUUUUUGUAUUGAGUCUGGUGAUGGAGUUACCCAAAUUGGUGUCAUGUAUGAUGGAUAUUCAAUGCCAUGCAUCGAAUUUAAGCACUAUUUUGCUGGUAAUGAUUUGACUCAAAAUUUCAUCAAGAGAAUGAAUGGUAAAGGGUAUUCUUUAAAUACUCCUGAAAUGAAAAAAGCUGUUGAAAAUAUCAAAGAAACUUUAUUUUAUACAGCUCUUGAUGUCAACGAUGAGAUCAAAAAAGACGUGAAAGAACUUGAGAAAAGUUACAAAUUGCCAGAUGGUAAAGAAAUGAUAAUUGCAAGAAAAAGGUAUGGCUUCCCAGAAGCUCUUUUCAAUCUAGCUGUUAUUGAUAUAACAGCUGAGGGUAUUCAAGAAUUUGUAUCUAAAGGUAUUGAGAAAUUAGAUUAUGAUAUAAGAAAUCUAUUAGCGUCUAAUAUAGUGUUGGGUGGAGGUAACACGAAGAUCAAUGGGUUUGAGGCAAGACUCGAAAAGGAACUUAAAAAUAUGAAUUCUCAAAGACCAUACAAGUUUCAAACUUAUGAAGACCCUAAAAUUGCUGCAUGGAUUGGUGGCUCUUUAAUAUCACAAAGUCAUUUUUUUGGAGAAAGAAGUCUUACCAAAGAAGAAUAUAAUGAAAAGGGAGAAGAAAUAAUCACUCAAAAGUUCCUUAUUCAAUUUUAA